GGGUAAAAUGUUUGGUUAUUUUGUACUGAGUCACUCUGAUGUUAUUUCCCAGGAUGCACCUGUUCAGCCUCAGGACAGGAAUGUGUUCAGUGACGGAUCGACUCGCGUUGAUUUUGUGCUGGUGUGGGAGGAGCCUCACAGCCCUCAGAAGGAGGAGAGCACGGGUGUUAGCCCCACCCACAGGAAGUGGAGGGAGGAGUUUCUGAGCAGACUGAGACGCUCCGGACUCCUGCAGGAGCAGAGGGAGGUUGUCCAGCCGAGGAAGAGGAUCUGUUUUGUCCUCCUCAAUGCUCCGUGGAGCGUCCUCUGUUACUACGCUGAGGAGAUCAGCCUGAGAGUCCCACUGCAGGUUGUCAACGCUCCAAACCCUAACUGGUCUGAGCAGGUGCUGCAGCAGCUGUCCCUCCCCAACCCUCUGAUACAGGAUGUCCCCAACCCUCCACCUGACUACUACACCUGUCAGUUCAGGACCAACAAGCUGCAGAGGUUCCUGGGCAGCGAAGACACAGAGAAGUUCUUCAAGACAACCCAGAGACACCAGGUGCUGUAUGAGAUCCUGGCCAGGACUCCGUACGGAUCAGUGAAGAAGGGGAGGGUGGGGAUCGACCGGCUGCUGAGUGAGCAGGUCUUCACCGCUGCAUACCCGCUGCAUGAGGGUGGAUACCAGCUGCCAACCCCACCGGUGCCCCCCCAGUCUCUGGGUCUCAGACAAAUCCUGUAUGCGUACUGGGCCAAGUGGACCUGCUGGAGACGUUACCAACCUCUGGACCACAUCAGGGAGUACUUCGGAGAGAAGAUAGCACUUUACUUUGCCUGGCUCGGUUUCUACACUGGCUGGUUGUUGCCAGCAUCUUUCGUUGGGACUCUGAUCUUCCUGGUUGGGUUUUGGCUCGUGGCAACUGAUGUUCCCGCGAUGGAGGUGUGUAACAGUGGAAAUAAUUUCAUCAUGUGUCCAACCUGUAACAUCUGCUCCUACUGGAACUACUCCAGCAUCUGUUUCACCUACAAGGCGGGGCUUCUGUUUGAUAAUGGAGGGACGGUGUUUCUCAGCGUCUUCAUGUCUCUGUGGGCCGUCACCUUCCUGGAGUACUGGAAGAGAACCUGUUCGACUCUGUCUCUCCGCUGGGACUGCUCCGAGUUUAUGGACAUCGAGGAGCGACCUCGGCCAGAGUUCACCGCCAUGGCACCAAUGACAAUGAGGAACCCGGUGACCGGAGCAGAGGAACCUUACUUCCCUGAAAAUAAACGUAUCAACAGAACUCUGACCGGCUGCAUGGUCAUCAUCAUCAUGGUGGUGGUCGUCUUGAUGUUCCUCAUCGCCAUCAUUCUGUAUCGCACCAUCCUCAGCAUCAUCAUCUACAGGUCUCACAAUACCUUCUUCAGUGUCGCUGCUGGGAGGAUCGCCAGUAUUUCAGGAUCGGUGUUGAACCUGUUGGUCAUCCUCAUGUUGUCUCGGGUUUACACCUCGCUGGCCCACAUCCUCACCCGCUGGGAAAUGCAUCGCACUCAGACUAAAUACGAAGACAUGUUUAUCCUCAAAGUCUUCAUCUUCCAGUUCGUCAACUUCUACUCGUCUCCAGUUUACAUCGCUUUCUUCAAAGGCAGGUUCGUCGGUUACCCCGGAAACUACCACACUCUGUUUGGAGUCCGCAACGAAGAAUGUGGAGCAGGUGGAUGUCUUAUUGAACUGGCCCAGGAGCUGCUGGUCAUCAUGGUGGGAAAACAGCUGAUCAAUAACAUCCAGGAGUUCAUCAGCCCGAAGUUGAUGGCGUGGUGGCAGAAGAGGAAGUUGAGCCCGAGGCUAGAGGAGAAGGAGGUGCAGAGGGGGGAGAAGGAGGUGAAGGAGGAGGUGAAAGACACAGAGGAGAUAUUCCCCUGGGAGGCAGACUACCAGCUGCUGGUCUGUGAGGGACUCUUCAGCGAGUACCUGGAGAUGGUCCUUCAGUUUGGUUUCAUCACCGUCUUUGUGGCGGCGUGUCCUCUUGCUCCUCUCUUCGCUCUCGUUAAUAACUGGGUGGAGAUUCGUUUGGACGCUCAGAAGUUUGUGACUGAAUAUCGCCGCCCGGUGGCGGAGCGAGCUCAGGACAUCGGCAUCUGGUUCCCCAUCCUGCAGUUCAUCACACACAUGGCCAUCCUCAGCAACGCUUUUCUCAUAGCGUUCACCUCGUCCUUUCUGCCUCGUCUCUACUACCGCUAUACUAGAGACAGCUCACUGAGCGGCUUCAUCAACUUCACCCUGGCAACAUCUCCACGCAACUACAGCCAGCAACACGAAAACACAUCCUGCAGGUAUCGCGGCUUCAGGGAUGAAAACGGAGAAUACCUGCCAGAGUACUUUCACCUCCUCGCCAUACGACUCAGUUUUGUCAUCAUCUUCGAGCAUGUGGUCUUCUUCUUCGGCCAUCUGAUCGACAUGAUGGUCCCUGACAUCCCAGAGGAGGUGGAGUUGAAGAUCAAGAGGGAGCACUACAUGGCUAAAGAGGCGCUGGCUGAAAACCAGUCUCUUGGGAAAAUCAUGAUUCCUGGUGAGGACGUCGCGCCCAGUGAGCUGCGAAAACGUGGAUCCAGACCCUCACCACCACAGAGUGACUCCCCCCCACCAAACCUGAAGGAGAUCCCUGAGGAACCAGACACACGAGGCAGCUGCUGAAAUUAAGAACAAGUGGACUUUGUGAUGGAUGUCUUCCCAGUAACUCAUCAUCCAUAUCUGACAGAUCUACAAGACCAUCGUGAGAUCUACAAGGCCUGUGCUGAAUCUCUAAACCACCUUACAAGAGCCCUGCCAGAGGUGUAAAAGUUUUACAAUGUCUACAAGAUUUCUAUAAGAGCUGCAAAACCUCUGCUAAAUGUCUACCAGAACUCUAGAAGAGGUCUACAAGACCUAGAAGGUGUCAGCAAGAUCACAUCAAGAGCAACUGCUAGACUAAAUCUACAAGACCUCUGAAAGAUCUGAAAGACCUCUACACAGCCAGCUAGUGGUCUACAAGACCUACAAGAGUCAUGUUAAAUCCUUCAAGCAUUCUGCAAGAGGUCUAGAUCUACUAGAGCUGUGUUGAAUCCUUACAGGUCCUACAAAAGCACUUCAAGAGGUCUACAAGACCAACAAGACAUCUGUGAGAUCUUGAAGGAGAAACAUGACCUCUGCUAGACCUGUACAAGAUCUACAAGGAUUAAGUCACUCCUCUAAACAUCCUAUAAGUGUUCUGCAAGAAUUCUUGUAGAUCUUGUCGAAGUCCAGGAGACGUUUGUAAAUCUUGUAGAGAUCUCACAGACAUCUUGUAAUCAAGAUCUUGUAAACAAGAUCUACAAGACUUCCUCUAGACUUGUUCAAGAUCUACAAGACUUUUUCUAGACUUGUUAAAGAUCUUCAAGACUUUUUCUAGACUUGUUUAAGAUCUUCAAGACUUGUUCUAGACUUGUUUAAGAUCUUCAAGACUUCUAGACUUGUUUAAGAUCUUCAAGACUUCUAGACUUGUUAAAGAUCUUCAAGACUUCUAGACUUGUUCAAAAUCUUCAAAACUUUUUCUAGACUUUUUCAAGAUCUACAAGACAAGUGCUCUAAACAUAACUGUGUACACUUAAAGAGCUCUGCGAUGAUCCCAAAACAUCAGAACUCGACAGGGCCAUGGUCCUAGUUUCUAGACUUUUGUAAAACUUUGCUGCAUGAAGCCCAAAGACCUCAGAGAGCAAUCAAACACCUAAAAUAGCAGCACACAAGGUUUAAAUCAGGCCUCCAGGAGAAUAACAUGAACCUCCUGGAGGUACUGGAAGUGAACACGACUGCAGCAAAAGUCUUUCUCAUGUUCAUCUGUUACUGUUUCUGGGUCAGAGAUGUUUAUUCCACUUAUUUGCUGUCAGAUUAAUUUAAUAUUAAAAUAUGUUUAUAAUAUUUUGUCUCAUGUAUGAAAAUGUUCAAACACCUCAAAACUAAAUAGAUGAGAGCGGGCAUACAUCACUUCCCUGUUGCCAAGACAACCACGCUCCCUUUUGGGUGAAAACUACUGCUGUAAAAGUGCCAGAGCUAAGCUGGACAAACUGAUGGCAACAUGCCUAAAAGCUGCUGUGUCUCAUUGUGAAUGUCAAACAAUAAAAAAAACCCAGUGCACGAAUUUCUUUACUUCCCUGAAGAGGUAUGGACUGUAAAAGAAGAGAUCUGUUGUUAGAUUAACUAACCUGUGAUGAAAUGUUUGCCACAGACGUACAAACACAUGUUAGUUAAGGAUAAAGUCUACAGUUAUAGUGUUAAAAGUUAAAGUUGUGUGAAGUAGUAGUAGCAGUACAUAGAACAUACUGGAAAGCCAAGGAAGUCCUCAUUUAAUGUUAGCCUGUAACAUGCUAAUAUUGUUAGCAUAGGUCUAUGGCAUUUUACAUUGUAUACAUUAGCCUAGCAGCUAGCAGACUUUUCCACUCAUCAGUCCCUAUUUCUUUAUUUUUUCUAUAUAACAAUGCCGAUGGUUGAUCAGCAAUGAAAUAACAUAAUUGUUUAUUUGACUAGAAAAGGAUUUUGGCUCCUAAUAGCUAAAAAUCAUUAUGGGUUUCUUAUUUUAUGCUAUUGAAUUGCUCUCAUCUACAUCAGACACACUUUUGAAUACCUGCAAUGACUGUAUGGUUUGUUUGAACGUUAAUUUAAAAACUCUGCUGUUACAAACUUUACUUUGCUUUAAACAUCAUCCGCCUGACAAACUGCAUGGAAGAGAGAUUGACCAGAUUUAUAAUAUUUGUUUCACAUGUUUAUAGCUUUUACAUAUAAUAACAGAAAUGUAAACAAAGAUCUUGGUAAUAAAGGCUGAAUAUGUGAUGUAAAUAAAUGUCCUGCAGGAGACGCUGCUCAAUCUUCUCACUGUUUCCUGUCGACCUUCAGUAACUAAUGAAAACAUUUAUUUUUUGUUUGUUUGUUCAUUUGUGGAUUAAUCUGUAAUUCUGCUCCACUAGUGAUUUUUGUGUAGUAUAAUCCUCAACUAAACACAUUUAAAUUAAACUCUCUGAA